AUGGCGCACAGCGAAGACGUCGUCGUCGUGGCGAACGGCGCAGUCCUCGCCGGGCUCGCGCUCGCGUCUCCCGCGGACUUCAUCCGCGAGAGCGCCCCGAGAGGCGCGUACACCGCGGGACGCGCGGAGUUCGGCAAAGGGAUGGGGUGGUGGAGCGCGCACCUCGCGCGCCUGCGACGAAGCCUUCGCGCGAUGCGCGAGCGCGACCCGGGGUGCUUCGAGCUCGGGAGCGAGAUCCCGGCGGACGACGAUACGCUGGCGACGUGGGUGGCGCCGUCCGUGAAACUCGCGCUCGACGCGAUCGACGCGAAGACGCUCGCGAACGCGAAGCCGUGCGACGCGGUGAAACCACCGAAACAAGCGAAGCAGCACUGCGUCGUGAUAAUCGUCGCCCCCGCGCCGUCGGGGUACGACGUCUUCGUCCACGCGUCGCCGCUGCAGAUUCGCGUCGACGAAUUUUACCGCGGCGUCGACGUCGCCGUCCUCGGCCCGCCGCGUCGAAACCCCGCCGCGAAGGACACGAACUGGGUCCGCGACCGGCGGCAACUCGAGGCGAGGAAGCGAGAGGCGGCCGCGGACGAGGUUAUCCUCGCGGACGACGACGGCGAGGUCCUUCUCGAGGGUCUCGUGACGAAUCUGUUCGUCGUGGUAGAGACGGAGGAUCCGGGCGGCGGGCACUUGCCGCGGCGACACGCGGCGUUCACCGCGCCGACGACGCGGUGCCUCCCCGGUCUCGCGCGGCAGGCGGUCUUGGACGCGUUGGACGCGGAGGGGAUCCCGUGGGAGGAGAGAGCGCCGACGGCGUCGGAGCGGAGCGAGUGGAGCGAGGCGUUCGUGACGAACGCGGUGAAGUUGGCGCGACCGGUGCGGACGCUGCGGUGGCCGAGGGGGAUCCCGGGGAAGUUGGAGGUGGAGUUCGGACCGUGCGCGGGGAGCGGGGAGAAGCCCCGGGGGGAUUCGGAGUGGAAGAGCGAGGUGAAGUGCGAGUUAGACGCGUCCCCGGGGCCGGUGUGUCAGGCGGUGCUGCGACGGUUGAACGCGUCCAUGGCGAGCGACGUGGGGCCGGCGCGGUGA